AUGGAAAGGACGACACCACUUGUCAAACACUACAACAAUGGUGAAACAUUUAUUGUGAUUUUUCCAGAUGGAACUGGGCAGGUGUGCUAUCCGUCAGGAAGGCUGGCUAUUCUUCUGUCCGCAGACUGGUGUUGUGUGCUGGUCCUGGAGGACAAACAUCUGCAGCCUUGCAUUCACGCAGUUUUCACCACCAGAGGAGAGGCUACAUGUUAUCACAACAAUGGCAGCAUUUGGGUGAAUCCGACUCCAUGGGGAGGCACCUACUGCAGUGACACUGGAGAUUUGAAGAAACAUUGGAGUUGGCUGGACAAUGAGGAUCAUGUUCAUGCUCCGCCGUGCCAGCCCCUCAGCCUGACAAUGAGCCCUAGCCUCAACAUCCGCAUCCAAUUCCAAGAGCACAUCUGCAUCGCUUUCUCCUCCAGCAAUCGCAGUGUACGGCUUAAUGUGGGGGCAAAACUGAAACCAAAUCAAGGCAAAGGUCUAACGCUGCCGGGGCCUGACAUGCUUCAGAGGCAUCUGGAGCAGAAGAGUGCAGAGAUCAAUGUCCUGCUCCAGAACAUCCAGUCCCUCAUCACCUUUCAAAAGACUGUCAGUCCACAGAAGGUCAAGCCCCAGCAAAGCCUCAUCUCACAGAUGGAAAGACAGCGGCUGCCAAUGAAACGGCAACAGUCUGCCAAGAAGACCCCCUAAAGCCGAUGAUGUCCUUGAAUGGCAGUUUCUCAU